GCUCUGUCUCUAAACCGCACGCGCGAUGCCGUCGAGCAAGUACUUUCUGCCGGCAUUACUCCCUUCAUUCUGGGCGGAGACCAUGCAACAACUGCACCUGUGUGUUCCGCGCUGGCCGCUUUGUCAAAGCCGGUGGUGCUGGUUCAAAUUGAUGCCCAUCUGGACUUCGUGGACGAACGCCAUGGGGUGAG